AUGGGCCUCCUCUCUGUGGCCAAGGCCCUGCUGAAGUCUCCAUGGGCGCAUCCGGUUCAUGUUCAUCGACUCAAAGAUGUGUAUCCGGCUGUUGCGGCAAAAGUGGCUAUUGUGGGUUUGGACCUAGCUUCUGUGAUGAGAACAAUUGUGUAUCAGACUGUGAUGCUCAAGCAGAAUGUGGCCACGAGUUUUGCGGGGCGGGGUGCUCCAGUGGGUGCGAUCCUAUUGACCGACCGUAUGUACCUGUUAAUCCUCCAGCUUGAGACUCCUCCAGCUUACAAGAUGUUAGGUCUUGUUCUGGAGGAGCAACAAGUGAAGCGAUUUACGCAUCUUUAUUUUGCAUUUUCUGGUAUUGCCAGUGAUGACUCGAGUAUCGAACUAACCUAUCAGCAUGACAUCGACUAA